AUGACUCCCAACGGUGAUGCAGUUCAACUACCCGCCGGAAGCACCAAGGGUCUAGCCAACUAUCCCCACGGACGAAUCGCACCUGCUGGAUCCCGUACCCUCUACAUUUCAGGCACAUCAUCAAGGCGCGCAGAUGGGGAAGUUGAUGGGGUGACUGUUAAGGCGGAUGGAAGCUUGUCGUUCAGUGCUGGGGAGCAGACAAAAGCCAUUCUGAAGAAAAUCGAGGUCAUCAUCAAGCAGGCAACAGGAGGCACCGGUGGUCUUGACAACAUAAUUGAUGCCACUAUCUUCCUGGUCAAUAUCAAGGACGACUAUGCUGGAAUGAAUGCUGUUUGGAACAGCUUUUUCCCAGAUGCAAAUGCCGCACCCACCCGCACGGCCAUCGAGGUCAAAGCACUGCCCAGCCCUAAGCUCAUUGUCGAGAUUAAGUGCACCGCGCUUGUUCCCUGA